UCCGGCUUUGUGUGUGUGCGUGUGCGUGUGCACAUACAGUACAUGUGUCAGUGCGCAUGUGUUUUGUCCAAUGUGUGUGUGAACAGGUAGAGGCCAGGCAACGAGCCAGAGGCAGCCUGUGAUAGGUUGAGGGACAGUGUGACGUGUCAGUGAGAUGCUAUAGAAGCACCGAGCUGGCGGGAGCAAGCUGCCUCUUCUGCCUGGAGAGAAGGAGUGGAAAAGAAAGAGCGAGAGAGAAAUAUAGGACCAACUCCUUGUGACGUUCUACAACUCUCUGAGGAACCGCACCAGUCCUCUCCUUUGAGAACAUCCACUUCCCUCCCACACACUCUCUAUCUGCUCCCCUCCAACUAGGUGGAGGGCGACAGAAACCAAGAAAGAAAGAAAAGAGAGACUGCGAGAGGGAGGUUGAGGGUAGUAAGCGUUCCACCACAUGGCUAGAAUCUAGAGGGCCAGUAGGGAGCGUUUCCAGGGCAGGAGAGCAGUGUGGUAGCCGGUGAAGGACAGAACAGCAUGGCCCUGUUCAGCACUGGCCCUCAGAGCCUGGGCUCCUACUACUGCCUCAUCCGCAGGAGGUUCAAGAGGAGGCGCAAGAAGCGCAGCGAGCGCCAAGGUGGAGCCGGAGCUAGGCAGCCCCGGGCCCAGCAGAAACUCUUCACCAUGGAUGUGGAUGAAGAGGAGAACAUGAGUUCGAGCAGCACCGACGUUAAGGAAAACCGUAACCUGGACAACGUCUCCUCCAAAGAGGGGGCAGCUGUAGGCGAGCAGCUCCCCAAUGGCAGUGGCGGGGGCAGCAGGAAGCGCCCCCUAGAGGAGGGCAACAAUGGCCACACGCUGUCCAAGUUCCGGGCCAAGAAGCGUAAGAAAACACCGGGCCCGGUUCUACCAAAAAAUGCACUUAUGCAGCUGAAUGAAAUCAAGCCGGGGCUCCAGUAUAAGCUGCUGUCUCAAACCGGUCCGGUCCAUGCUCCCGUGUUUGUCAUGACCGUUGAGGUCAACGGUCAACUGUUCGAGGGCUCAGGUCCGACUAAGAAGAAGGCCAAGCUGAAUGCGGCAGAAAAGGCCCUGCGCUCCUUUGUCCAGUUCCCCAACGCCUCCGAGGCGCACCUGGCUAUGGGCCGGACACUGACAGUCAACACGGACUUCACAUCCGAUCAGGCCGACUUCCCAGACAUGCUCUUCAAUGGGUUUGAGACGCCCGCACCACCCGAGGACUCCUUUUACCUGGGAUCCAAUGGCAGCGGCUCCUUAAACUCGCUGGGAGAGUAUCCCCUGCCCUCCACGCCAGGUGCUAACCUUGCCCAGGCACCGUUGCCCCCUCCCUCCUCCUUCACCUCAAACUCGAGCGGAAAGAAUCCCGUCAUGAUCCUCAACGAGCUGCGGCCGGGCCUCAAGUACGACUUUGUGUCGGAGAGCGGUGAGAGCCACGCCAAGAACUUUGUCAUGCAGGUGUCGGUGGACUCACAGCAGUUUGAGGGCUCUGGACGAAACAAGAAGCUGGCCAAGGCCCGGGCCGCCCAGGCAGCCCUCUCAGCCCUCUUCAACAUGCAGCUGGACCAGACACCCUCCCGACAGCCCAUCCCCAGAGAGGGACUGCAGCUCCACCUACCCCAGGUUCUCGCCGACGCCGUCUCUCGCCUGGUGGUGGACAAGUUCAGCGAGCUGACGGACAACUUCACCUCGCCCCACGCGCGACGGAAAGUCCUGGCGGGAGUUGUCAUGACAACAGGCACAGACGUGAAAGAGGCCCAAGUGAUCUGCGUCUCCACGGGCACCAAGUGCAUCAAUGGCGAGUACAUGAGCGACCGCGGCCUGGCACUCAACGACUGCCACGCAGAGAUUAUCGCCCGCCGCUCGCUCAUCCGGUACCUCUACGCCCAGCUAGAGCACUUCCUAAGCAACAACAAGGAGGAGCAGCAGAAGUCUAUUUUCAUGCGCUGUGACAAGCGUGGCUACCGGCUAAAGGACAAUGUCCAGUUCCACCUCUACAUCAGCACCUCGCCCUGCGGAGACGCACGCAUCUUCUCGCCGCAUGAGGCCGGCAUGGAAGACCAAGGAGACCGCCACCCCAACCGGAAGGCACGGGGCCAGCUGAGGACCAAGAUAGAGUCUGGGGAGGGGACCAUCCCUGUGAGGACCAGCAACACCAUCCAGACAUGGGACGGGGUGCUACAGGGAGAGAGGCUGCUCACCAUGUCCUGCAGUGACAAGAUCGCAAGAUGGAACGUGCUGGGCAUCCAGGGAUCUCUGAUGAGCUACUUCACGGAGCCCAUCUACUUCUCCAGCAUCAUCCUGGGCAGCCUGUACCACGCCGACCACCUCUCCCGGGCUAUGUACCAGCGCAUCGCCGACAUCGAGGACCUGCCCCAACAGUUCAGCCUCAACAGGCCUCUAUUGAGCGGCAUCAGCAACGCAGAGGCGAGGCAGCCGGGCAAGGCGCCCAACUUCAGCGUGAACUGGGCAGUGGGCGACCAGGCGCUGGAGGUCAUCAACGCCACCACGGGCAAAGACGACAUGGGGCGCGCCUCGCGCCUCUGCAAGCACGCCCUCUACAGCCGCUUUAUUCGCCUGCACUCCAAGUUGUCAUCCACACUGAGGAUCAAGGUGUCCAAGCCCAGCUCGUACCACGACGCCAAGGAGGCGGCUGUAGAGUACCACAACGCCAAGCAGACGCUGAUCAAGGUCUUCCACAAGUCGGGCCUGGGGGCCUGGGUGAAGAAGCCCAUCGAGCAGGACCAGUUCUCCCUCAACUCCUGAUCGGGCGAUUAGGGGGGAACCUCUUCACUCAACCCACCGCACCCCAACCCCCCUCUCUAGACCUGAGAGAGGCUCUUCGAAUCUACCAGCCACUGAGACUUCACGUGUGUGCGUGCGUGUGUGUGUGCGUACAUGCGUAUGUGUGUGUGUGUAUGUCUGUCUGAGUGUGUGUAUGAGAAAUAAUGCACGUGGUUCUGGCCUCCUCCCUCCGUCCCCAAUCACUCUGCUCUCAUUCCUCAUCGCUGUGACGUCAUCACUUGCUGUGUCUGUCUGUUUGUUUUAAACCAACUAAAAUUCAAAUACCUUUUUAUGUCCUUAUGGCAAUAAAAAUGUAUGGUAUUUUAAACUGGAAUCCUUUUUAGUCUUUUUUUUUUGUAAGAUUUUACAUGAGGUUGUCCAUAUACCAUGUAGUUACUAUAUAAGUACUUCUGUAACUAGAAUGUACAAUGAUUGGCCGGAUUCCAUUUCUGUCAUUCAGUUAAAUGUAAUUUCACUAGGAAACCCAAAUGCCGUAUGACUUCAUGGUAUAUUUUUUUACGUAUUGUGAGAUUUGACCUUUUCUUUUCCUAUUUUAUUACAUUUUUGCCCCUGUAUUAAAAGCACAUAGGACAUGAUGCUAAAUACUCAUCCAAAAUGGUGGUUACAGUCAUUGAAUCAUCAUUCAUUUGAAAUAUUCUCUUGUGAACAUUUUACGCUUAUUUAUUUAUUUGAUGACGAUGUUGGUCAUUGAAACCAUUCCCAUUCCUAUUCCAUACUUGAACAGGGGCCCUGGUGGAGGCUGUUGAUGAUUCCCCUCGAGUCCUUUGGCCUAGGGAGUUUAGGCGAUUGGGUAGGCGCUGCACGUUUUUUCUUAUUGACUUAAGCCAUGGCUUUGCAUGGGAACUGUCUUCGAGGUCUGCAGAGCUGAUUUGGUAGGGAACCACCAGGAUCUCCUCGAGUGAAUUUUGAAUGCCAGCAUCUUAUUUCUGCACAGGCAGCUUCAAAUCAUUUUUCUCUCUUUGUAUGUGUUUGUUUUUGGGGAGGGAGGGGCUUUGUUUUUAGAAUUGAAACUUUUGACUCUUUUUUGUGAGGAUUGAAGGAUUGCACUGUAACUGAAUAAUGACAGGAAUGAAGUCUUUCCAUCAAUGACACUGCAUAGGAGCUACAUUACACCUUCAUAAGCAUGAGCCUCAUGGACAUUAUGCAUCCAUGCCCUGGGCAUUUAUAAAUGCUUAUGUUAACAACCUCAGUUUGAUAUGUCAUGGUCAUGCUACACAAUACAAGUAAGGUGACAUAACACAUCUUGUGUCUGGGGUUGUUAUGAAGGUGUAAAGUAGUCCAUAUGUCAUGUCAUUCAUAGAGAGCUGGGAAGAGCUUAUGUCAUCAUUUAAAUACCUUUUAAAGGCCCAAUGCAGCCGUUUUUAUAUCAAUAUCAAAUCAUUUCCGGGUAACAAUUAAGUACCUUACUGUAAAGAAUUUUUUUUAAAACAAAAAGCAAGAAUUUUGUUGGACUUUCUGGGAGUAAACUAGCUGUUAUUGGCAGAGAGGUUUGGAACUUUCUUUGUUAUUGGUCUAUUAACCAAUUUACAGCAUGUGAUGUCACCAUGGAAAGCCAAAACUCCCACCCAUGCAAACCUGCUGAUUAAAAAGUCCUGUGUAGAUUGUAUUUUCAACCAGCAACUAUCAGGAAAUAACACUGAUCAACAUUGUUUCACACUUUUCUAGUGUUAGUUUAAUCAGCUGUUGUACACAAUGAUAUAAAACACAGGAAAAACUGCACUGGGCCUUUAAAGGCAACACGAAUGCUGAUUGCUCAUUGUGUGAGUAAACUUCCAAGGGAACACAAAGAAACGCAUGAGAGUUUUUACAAAGCUGAGUUUGGUACCACCCACCCACCAAAUGACCAAUCUGUGUAUGCUCGCUCCAAGUCCUAUUGGUCCAUAUACCUGGGUAUUCUAUAAGCCCUGUUCUCCACUGUCUGCCGUGUGCUAAUCUUUUCUAUUUCAACUAUUUCUACAACAUGAUAAACUCUGGAUGCCAGUAAUGACAACUUGGUCAUAUACCUGUAAUAUCAGCAUUGUACAUUUGUUUAUUAUUGAACGUUGUGCGUUGCACUUGAUGGCCAGUGACAAACCACAAUUUGAACCGACACGCUGCAAAGGGAUUGAUAUUAUGAGAUAUUCUUUACUUAGUGUAUUUUUAUAUCCAAUAUAUUUGGUUCAAAACAGCAGGGGAAGGUGUUUGGUUUGAGUCCCAGCAUUGUGUGUGUCGUGUGUGUGUAUGUCUAGAGUGAGGUGAGUGUGUGUGUGCGCAUGACACAGCUCGAUAAACGUCAUAACAAGAUAUUAGAGAUUGCUGUGGAAUCUUCACCAAAGAUUAUGUCCUUGUGUUUUCCCACAAUUUUCUUUUUGAGCUACAAAAUUUUAAAAAAUGGGAAUUAUUUUUUUAACACCUGUGUUUCUCACACACAAAUUGCUGAUUAAAAUAUUACAAUGUUUUAGUUAUUGUACUUUCAUUUGACCAAUUUAUUUGAUUUGUAUAGAACAAUGGGUUUGUGUUCUGUUGUAUUCCAGCUUCGUGAUGGAAUCUUACUUGUCGGGCUCUUUCAGUACAUCUGUAGCUGUUGAUUACCAAGGUGUAAAUAUUGUGAACCUCUCUGAUGUUAUAUUGCUGUGGAAUGAUGGGGAUAGGAUUAAUACUGGUUAAAAAUGUGAUGCCUGUGCAACUAUUCUUCCUUCACUGUCUAGUUCUUGUUCCCCCCCCCCAUGAAACUGCUGGGAUGUAUUUGAUUUGUUUUUGUCCUUUACUUAGAACUCUUUUAAAAAAGCUAGUCAGGUUCUUUUACUGCAACGGCCAGAGAUUUGCUAGUCAUUGUAGAGCAAAAGUCAAAUGUCCUGUGUUGCUGUGUCCUUGUGAUACAAAUGUAUGUUCGGAAUCAUGUACGUCCCCCCUACCCCCACCGACAGAGGGGGAACCAUGCCACGAUGCAGGCCUCAGCCAAGAGAACUGGAUCAAGGUCACAAGCAAUAUAACCCCCAACGCCCUUUUUAAUGAGGCCCAACCCGGAACAGGAGCAAAAAGAAUGGCUCCCCUCCCCCUCUGUUCUCCCCCUUGUCGUAAUCUCUUUAUAAACUGACUGUCUGAAACUUUCUUUAAAGACUGCCUGCUUCUCUAUAGUAUGUUCCUAAUUUUUUUUGACUGCACUAAAGAUGUCAAUCGAUGAUGUCAUGACACAAACCGUCCCCCAAAAUGGACAGGUCGAAACUAUUUCCAAGAAGCUGAACUGCAACCCUAUAACCUAGUGGUCCCAGUGGUCUAUAGUCCCCAGUCGGUCGUUUGGUCAAGACGGUCGGCCGCCCUGACCGCGUGGUGACUGGUGACUGUUAAGUGGUCCCUAUGUGGUCCACUCGGGUGGUCAGAGAACUCCUCCACCCUCCUCACCCCACGUCCGCUGUGCAACCUGUACCCGGACCACCAUCUUUGCAUGUGCUCCCACUCUGAAGCUGCACCUAAAGCAUGACGACAUACUUUUAAAGGACUCGUAUGUAGAAAAAUAACGGAUAAAUAGAUAUAUUAAAAUGAGCAAAAAAUAAAUAAAGGAGACCAUAGUUUA